UAUUUUUUAUUGGUGGGGCGGGGGGAGCGGCAAAAUUCUAUCUCCGCCCCCGCUUUCUUGCCUAUUCCCAUUUGCAAGCUGCAUCUGCCUCUAAGAAAUUGAGGGGUUCAGGGUAGGGUGGGGAGCUGUAAAUAAGAGUUGGACCUGCAGCACCCCCGCACCUAGAAGGCCACCAUGACCGAGGAGAGCUCCGAGGUGCCCAGGGAAUUGAUAGAAAGCAUAAAGGAUGUUAUUGGCAGAAAGAUAAAGAUUGCAUUGAAGAAGAAAGUAAAGUUGGAAGUGAAGGGAGACAAAGUUGAAAACAAAGUGCUGGUGCUUACAUCAUGCCGAGCCUUCCUUGUCACAGCACGAAUCCCCACCAAGCUCGAGGUAACCUUCAGCUACCUGGAGAUUCACGGUGUCCUGUGCAGCAAGCCAACUCAGAUGGUUGUGGAAACUGAGAAGUGCAGCAUCUCCCUGAAGAUGGCGUCACCUGAGGAUGUGAGUGAGGUGCUGGCGCACAUCGGCACCAGCCUGCGGAAGAUCUUCCCUGGCUUCUCCCCAUUGAGAAUCAUGAAAAAAGUCUGCAUGGAGCCAUCUGAGCGACUGGCCAGUCUCCAGGCUCUGUGGGACAGCCAGACUGUGGCCGAGCAGGGCCCCUGUGGAGGAUUUUCUCAGAUGUAUGCCUGUGUUUGUGACUGGCUUGGAUUUUCAUACAGGGAAGAAGUACAAUGGGAUGUGGAUACAAUUUAUCUGACACAAGACACCAGGGAAUUGAAUUUACAAGACUUCAGUCAUCUUGACCACAGGGACCUAAUACCUAUCAUUGCUGCUCUGGAAUACAAUCAGUGGUUCACUAAGCUGUCCUCUAAGGAUCUAAAACUGUCCACUGAUGUCUGCGAACAAAUCUUAAGGGUGGUGAGUAGGUCCAAUCGACUGGAAGAACUGGUGUUGGAAAACGCUGGACUUAGAACAGAUUUUGCACAUAAACUGGCCAGUGCUCUAGCACAUAAUCCCAACUCAGGACUCCAUACGAUUAACCUUGCUGGCAACCCACUGGAGGAUCGAGGUGUGUCGUCUUUAAGUAUUCAGUUUGCCAAACUCCCAAAGGGAUUAAAGCAUUUAAAUUUAUCUAAAACCUCAUUGUCACCUAAAGGGGUGAAUAGCCUUUCUCAGUCACUCAGUGCCAAUCUGUUGACCGCCACCACUCUUAACCAUCUGGACCUCUCAGGGAACAUCCUUCGCGGAGAUGACCUCUCGUCCAUGUACAGUUUUUUGGCCCAGCCAAAUGCCAUUGCUCAUCUGGAUUUGUCCAAUACAGAAUGUUCCCUGGACAUGGUCUGUGGAGCUCUUCUCCGUGGCUGCCUUCAGUAUUUAGCUGUGCUCAAUCUCUCCAGAGCUGUGUUUUCUCACCGGAAAGGAAAAGAAGUACCCCCAUCCUUCAAGCAGUUUUUUAGUAGUUCUCUGGCUCUGAUGCAAAUCAACCUCUCAGGCACAAAACUGUCUCCUGAGCCCUUAAAAGCGCUGUUAUUGGGCCUGGCUUGUAAUCAUAACUUGAAGAGAGUUUCUCUUGAUCUCAGCAACUGUGAGCUGAGGUCUGGAGGUGCGCAGGUAUUAGAAGGCUGCAUCGCCGAAAUCCACAACAUCACCAGCCUAGACAUCUCUGAUAAUGGUUUAGAAUCUGACCUAUCUACCUUAAUAGUGUGGCUCAGUAAAAACAGAUCCAUACAACACCUGGCGUUAGGCAAAAAUUUUAAUAAUAUGAAAUCCAAAAAUCUGACACCUGUGUUGGACAACUUAGUACAGAUGAUUCAAGAUGAAGAAUCACCUCUGCAGUCCUUGUCCCUGGCUGACUCGAAACUCAAGAACGAGGUCACCAUCAUCAUCAAUGCCCUGGGAAGCAACACCUCCCUGACCACAGUGGACAUCAGUGGGAAUGGCAUGGGGGACAUGGGGGCAAAGAUGCUGGCCAAAGCGCUGCAGAUCAACACCAAGCUCAGGACUGUUAUAUGGGACAAGAACAACAUUACUGCCCAAGGCUUUCAAGAUAUAGCUGUUGCUAUGGAAAAGAACUACACGUUGAGAUUUAUGCCAAUUCCUAUGUAUGAUGCUUCUCAAGCCUUAAAAACAAACCCUGAAAAAACAGAAGAGGCUCUGCAGAAGAUAGAAAACUAUCUGCUCCGGAAUCACGAGACUAGAAAAUACCUUCAAGAGCAGGCCUACCGCCUACAGCAGGGCAUUGUCACCAGCACCACGCAGCAGAUGAUCGACAGAAUAUGUGUGAAAGUACAAGAUCAUCUCAGCUCUUUACGAAACUAUGGGGGAGAUGCUGUCCAGGAAGAUCUAAAAUCAGCAGAAAGGCUCAUGCGUGAUGCUAAGAACUCUAAAACGUUGUUACCAAAUUUAUACCAUGUUGGUGGUGCAUCUUGGGCGGGAGCCAGUGGCUUGUUAUCCAGUCCAAUUCAGGAGACCCUGGAAUCAAUGGCCGGAGAAGUCACGAGAGUUGUAGACGAACAACUCAAGGCGUUGCUUGAGUCCAUGGUUGAUGCUGCCGAGAAUCUUUGUCCCAAUGUGAUGAAAAAAGCCCACAUUCGGCAAGACUUGAUUCAUGCCAGCACUGAAAAGAUUUCCAUCCCACGUACCUUUGUUAAAAAUGUCCUGUUGGAGCAGUCUGGAAUUGAUAUCCUUAACAAAAUUAGUGAAGUGAAGUUGACAGUGGCCUCCUUCCUAUCUGACCGAAUCGUGGAUGAAAUUCUGGAUGCACUUUCACACUGCCAUCACAAACUGGCCGACCAUUUCAGCAGACGUGGCAAGGCCCUUCCUCAGCAAGAUUCCUUGGAGAUCGAGCUGCCUGAGGAGAAGCCUGUUAAACGCUCCAUUAUCAUGGUGGAGGAGCUCACAGAGAUAGAACGUUUGGAAGAUCUGGAUACUUGUAUGAUGACUCCUAAAUCCAAAAGGAAGACUAUCCAUAGCCGAAUGCUGCGGCCUGUUUCCAGGGCAUUUGAAAUGGAAUUUGACCUUGAUAAGGCCCUGGAAGAAGUGCCAAUUCACAUUGAAGACCCGCCUUUCCCAUCCAUCAGACAAGAGAAGCAGAGCUCAGGGUUUAUCUCUGACUUGCCGUCCGAGGAAGGAAAGAAGCUGGAGCACUUUACCAAGUUAAGACCAAAACGGGCUAAGAAGCAGCAAUCCACGCACGCAGCGGGCUGUGCUACCAGCAUAGUCUCCCAAGAUGGUGAACAGAAUGGUCUUAUGGGGAGAGUGGAUGAAGGUGUAGAUGAAUUUUUCACCAAGAAGGUGACCAAAAUGGAUUCCAAGAGAGGGUCAGCAAGAGGCUCAGAGUCCCAUGAGCUUAGUGAGGGAGGAGACGAGAAGAAAAAGCGAGACUUUCGGAAAAGUGGCUUUCUCAACUUAAUCAAACCCCGGACCAAACCUGAGCGGUCGCCAACGGUCUUGAUGACAGAAGAACUCUCCUCUCCAAGGGCAGGAGUCAGAAGUCCAGCUGUGGACACCCCCAGGAAGGACACGAAGCCAGCCGAGCACAAUGGCAGUGCUGAUCGGGUAGAGGAGAUCAAGACACCUGACUCCCUAGAAGAAAGUCAAGGGGAAGACGUGGGGAAGGUGGACCGGAGUGAGAGCCAGGGCAGCCCCCAAGGAGGGCGAAGGUACAGGGUCCAAAUGAUGGGCAGCGGGCUGCUGGCAGAGAUGAAGGCCAAGCAGGAGAUGAAAGCCAAGGCUGCUUGCUCACUGAAGAAACUUGGAAAUGAUGCCAUCUCCCAGGAUUCUUCCAGCCUGGCCUUGAGCAGCACAGAACGGUUGGAUGGAGGUGGGGCAGUGCCUAAAGUGCAUCCAGAGAACCGCUUCGGUUUGGGAACACCAGAAAAGAACACCAAAGCGGAGCUCAAGGUGGAGGCGGGCUCCAGGUCCCGGGGCUUUUCCAGCAGGCCCACCAGCCCGAAGCCCCUCCUGCAGUCCCCCAAACCCAGCCUGUCGGUGCGGCCCACCAUCCCGCAGAAACCGAGAACCGCCUCGCGGCCUGAGGACAUCCCAGACUCUCCAUCCAGCCCGGAUUCCCCUAAAGUCGCUCUUCUUCCGCCUGUCCUGAAAAAGGUUCCUUCGGACAAGGAGAGAGAUAGCCAGGGCAGCCCACAGCCCAGUCCCAGGACGUUUUCCCGGGAAGUGUCCAGGAGAAGCUGGGGCCAGCAGGCCCAGGAGUGUCAAGAACAAAAGCAGUGGUCCUCCAGUAAAGAUGGCCAGCAAGGCAGCAAAUCCAGUGACUCUGGGGAAGAAGCAGAAAAAGAGUUUAUUUUUGUGUAA